UAUAAUUUUCUUGAUGUUUGCUUUCAAAAUUUUUUUUGUGCUUUUCAUCUCCGCCCGAAAGUUAGACACUCUCGCACAAGACUUUGGACUGGGCUCUCGGUGUCAAAUUUUGGGAUCGCAUGAGCUAAAGCGCAUUUGCACUGGCAAAUAUCCAGGGGAUGCACUGAUUAAAUAUAAGGAUGAAUUGGUGAAAAAAGGCGGGAAAUACGCGAUCUUUCAAAUUGACGAUGGUCCUGGCAACCAUUACCUUUUGGCAUUCGGUGAUAGUAAAUUACAAGAUUGCGCCCGAAUAAAAGUACACACACAUCACGCGUUCCAAUGCAAGCACGAGGGAGACGAAUGGGAAGAUAUCUGGCUGGCAAAUGCUUUCAUGAGAUGUGUUGGUGUACAUCUAUACCUAACAGAUGACCUAAUAGACAAUUGCAUGUCGGAUAGAGAGACACCAUCGAAGUUUACUGCAUUCCACUAUUCGCCAUUGGCAUUAUAUCGUUCAGAGGCAAAAGAUACUGAUUCACACACAUAGCAUUCGGCAACUUGUGAAUAAAUUUUGGAAAAAAAAUAAAAAAAUAUUUUGAGCAAG